AUGAGUCUAGAUUCCUCAACCCCAAUACAGCCUAGUGGCAUUAAUACCAUACCCGUACAUGAGUCCGGCGAAAUCAUCGAGGAGUCAGAGUCAGACUCAUCCGUGUCAAUCCCUCCUCAUCCUCUAGGUGUAAAGCCGUUAGGAAACCAAUAUACCGCUACCAGCAAUGCCCGUUACGCUAUUGGGCUUUUUCAAAUACUGCCAGAUGAAGUGCUGGCCAUAGUAUUAGAAUCUUUGCAUCCAGAAUUGUUGGCCUUACUUGGUUCCACUUGCAAAUUUCUAUAUGCAUUCUGUCGAUCCGAAGAGUUUUGGAAAUCUUUAUUCAUUGAGUCUCCAGCAUCAAAAUCAGGUUCCUUUGAAUGGCGAGGCUCAUGGCGUGCUACAUUCCUCAAUAUUGACGACAGCAAUCUCACAAAGAUCCAAUGUGACAAUGUCUUCUCAGACGUCUUAUACCGACCAUUCCUCUGCACCCACACCCCACUAACCCCCUACACAACAAACAUACCCCACAAGAACCAAAUCUCACGAAUGGAAAACCUCACCCCGGAAGAAUUCACGUCAACCUGGAGCGACAAACCCUUCAUCCUAACCAAGCCCGUGCACGAAUGGCCCGCCUAUCAUUCGUGGGACACCGAAGCCCUCCUCCAACAACACCGCGACACCAAGUUCCGCGCUGAAGCCGUCGACUGGUCACUAAAUACCUACAUUCAAUACAUGAACCACAGCAACGAUGAAUCACCACUCUACCUCUUCGACCGCGAUUUCAUCUCCAAAAUGAACCUUCACAUCACCAAAGACACCUCAAGCCCUCCCUACCAAAUCCCCUCCUGCUUCGGUGAAGAUCUCUUCAAAGUCUUCGGUCCCAACCGUCCAGACGAUAAAUGGUUAAUAGUCGGACCCGCCCGCUCAGGCUCCACCUACCACAAAGAUCCCAACGCAACCUCAGCCUGGAACGCCGUACUGCGCGGUUCAAAAUACUGGAUCAUGUUUCCCUCGACGCCCUCAUCCCCUCCUCCCCCAGGUGUCUACGUCAGCGUGGAUCAAUCCGAAGUUACCUCGCCCCUAUCCAUAGCCGAAUGGCUCCUUGGUUUUCACGCCGAAGCGCGUCGAACUCUAGGCUGUGUAGAGGGCGUCUGUGCUGCGGGGGAAGUUCUCCAUGUUCCGAGUGGAUGGUGGCAUUUGGUGGUUAAUCUAGAUGCCAGUAUAGCCAUUACGCAGAAUUUUGUGCCGCGCGCACAUUUAGUAGGAGUAUUAUCUUUCUUGAAAGAUAAAGCAGAUCAAGUGUCUGGAUUCAAGAAAGAAGUGGUGGAUCCAUAUGCAAUGUUUGUGGAUGGGAUGAAGAGAGAGUAUCCGGAGUUGUUGGAAGAAGCGAUGGCGGAGUUGGAGAGGAGAGCUGAGGGGAGGAAGAGAAAGUGGGAUGUGGCUGUUGCGAAUGGGGAUGGCGAUGAGGAAGCUGGUGGCUUUAGUUUUGGAUUUGGUGGGGAUAGUGAUGAGGAGUUUAUCUGGCUCUUAAAUAUUGAUAUGCGAACCGAUACUCCCCAAUUGUGA